UAACGGUUCGCCGUUGAGCUGAAUUUACGCCAACAAAAUACAGAAGUUGCAACGGAGCUUAUUAAAAAGAUGUUUUAUUAAUUUCCCCCUUUAUAGUGGCACAAGAUUGGAACCAACAGAGGGCAGUCUCAGUGCAUCCAGUACUGAAGUGAAGUCUGUUGAGUAAGAUGCCAUGGUUGACUGUGUCAAACGCAGCAGUUUACAGGUCGCCUUUGGCAGAGAACUGCAGAUGUUGCUGUGGGUCCUUCUUGUUCUGGAUUUGGGGGUCUCUGCCGUGACGCUGCCAGAAAUCACGGAUGAGAAUUUCAUUGCCGAGUGUGUGGAGGAGCACAACAAAGCCCGCGCAGAUGUCAGCCCACCUGCAAACAACAUGCUGUACAUGUCGUGGGAUGAGGCGUUGGCUAUUACCGCCAGAGCGUGGGCAAAACAUUGUAAUGAUCGACACAACGUCCACCGCAAGGAAGUCGGCAACAUGCACCCCACGUUUACCACCGUGGGAGAGAACAUCUGGACGGGCCCGCUGGAUAAGUUCAGCGUAAAGAAUGCCAUUCAAAAGUGGGUGGAUGAAGCCAAGGAUUACAGCUACAAGGAAGACAGAUGUACACGUGUUUGUGACCACUACAGACAGGUUGUGUGGGCACAAAGCUACAAGGUUGGCUGUGCUGUUGUGAACUGUCCACAUGGUAUCAAAAACUUUGAACGUCGUCAGGGUGCCAUUUUUGUAUGCAACUACGCACCAGGUGGAGAUAUCGAUGGAAUUCAGCCUUAUGCAACUUCUGGAAAUCCAUGCUCUGGAUGCAAAGGCAAAUGUGAAAACAAAAUGUGUCAUAGUCUGCAACGAGAUUCCAGAACAAAUUACAACUGGUCUCCACGCUGGGACACCGCUUCAUCUAGAAGCAGCGCUGCACCUCGCAACUCUUUUCUUGAUAUCCUGAUCGUUCGGCCCAUCGCCCUCGUCUUGACGCCCAUUGCUGCAUACGCAGUCCAUUACUUUUACCCCAAUCUCUUCUGCUAUGAAUAGAGUUUUUGGUCUGAAGGGAGAUCCGGAUGGAUGGCGUCCCACAAUAACCUCCAAAUGUACAUCUCUAUUAUCUCAACCACAAAAUGCUACCAUAAUCUUAUAUCUUAUAUAUUUUUCUGUGGAUGAGCCAUAUAUGGACAAAAAUCUACCGUAUAAUAGCACUCCCAAGUCUUUAUUGAACUAAAUGUGAGCUGUUAGCCUUUGUCUUUAGUUUUUUUCUUUUCACCAGUGCUGCUUCUUUCAGAUGCUACAAUCAGUUUGGGUCUGAACAUUAAAAGCUGCUUCUGGUGGAACAAUGGAGUGAGGAAUUUUCUUGGAAUACCAAUAUAUGUAUGGCAAUAAGAAUCACAAUCUCUAAGGAAUAUUUCAAACACCUUAUUCAACCCAUGUAAAAAAAUAUUUAUAUACAUGUAAUUUUGAAUGCCAGUGAUCCUAGGAGUUAUUCUGUUGGGGUUUCAUGCCUCUGGUUGGGCCACCCGAUGCAGAUGGGUGAGGAACCAGACCAAGUGCAGCCCAAAGAUCCCAUAUGAUCAAUACGACCACUGGAAACAGGUUGUACUCAACCGUACAGGAGGUCCUACCCUUUCGGUGGCCCUGAGGUGCAAACCACUUCAGCAUAUUGAAAGCACAAUUCCAAAUUACGAAAGCGCUAAAACAUGAACGUAAGUGUAACAGAGAGCAAAGUGUGUGUAUAUGUCUGUGUGAAUUUUGCCCAAAAUAAUAAAAGUUGUC